AUGCUGAGGUGGGCAUUUAUUUUGUGGUUGGCUAUGCAACAUCGUUUGAGUUCUGUGGACAGAUUGCUGGUUUGGGGUAUAGUUGCUGAAGUUUCAUGUGUGUUGUGCAAUAGUGGUAAUGUAGAGUCUCACAACCACCUGUUUUUUGAUUGUCCUUACUCUAGUGCUAUCUGGGCAGAUAUGUUGACGAAAAAUCAAGUGUGUAGGUACCCUAUGCAAUGGGAUGACGAGAUGAUUUGGUUUAAUCUGCACUCUAAGGGGAAUUGCCUGAGGAAAAGUGUGCUUAAGCUAUCUCUAUCUGCUGCAGUUUAUGGUAUAGGGAGAGAAGGAAAUGCUCGAAUUUUCCAACAGAGAAGUAUGGACUCUGUUUUUGCUAGUGCUAAAAGCUAUUUGGCUGUUACAGCCAAAUGGUGUAAUGUCUGGAACCUCACACGAUUACACCAUUAG